AUGGAGACAUCCAAAGAACAGGCUUCCACAAAAUAUGCUGAUUUCGAAGAGAAGGUUAAGAAGACCAUAUAUAUCGACCAGCUUUCUCCUCAAGUUACGACUCCAGUCAUCAAAGCAGCUCUUGCCCAGUGUGCAAAUGUUGUCAAUGUGGAGUUCAUUGUCAACUACACAAUCCCAUAUGAUAUCCCUUCUGCAGCGUUGGUGGAAUUGGAUGAUGAAGUGCAGGCCAAGGCUGCUGUCGAAUUGAUGACUGAUUUCCCAUUCAUAAUUGGGGGGAUGCCAAGGCCAGUAAAAGCUACCUAUGCAAAGGCUGAGAUGUUCCGGGAUCGCCCUCCUUGCCCUGGUCUUAAGAAAGAUUUCCGCUGGAUAAAACAAGGAGAUGGUGAGUAUGAAACAAUGAAGAAACUGAAAAACCUUGCAAAGAAGCAAGAGUCAGAGAACAUGGCUCUCAUAAAGAAUCUAUUGGACGAGGAGAAGGAACUGGCAAAGCAGCAGCAAGAAGCACUUGAUGGGAACGGCAAGAAGUAUGAAAUGCUGGAAGCUGUGGUGUCGAAUGGAACUAUCAGGAAACUUGCUCAUCAUUACGGAGUGAGCCUAGAUGACUGAUGGGACAAAUUCAUGGAACAGCUGCGCAGUCAUCAGUUUGUCCUGGGGCGUUGGUAGAUGCUGUGAUGAAUUAGAUUACUUGUGAUCCAUUAGCUGGAUCCUGCGGUGUAACAAUUGGUCCGACAUAGCUAGUGCAACAAGCUGUGGCUGCAUUAGAAUCCGAGAUAAUGGCAGCCAUAGUGUACAACCUUUUAUUUCUUAGCCUGUAACAAGUCGCCAAAACUGCAGCAUCCACUGUCUCGUGUGAUGUGUCGCGUGUACAUAUUGCUACAUGAAACUGGAGUACCUUUCUUCCUUGUGUCCAAGCCACCAAGUUUAUUUA